UUCUCGAACUCCUAAUACAGCUUCGUUCCAAGAAAGGAGCCGUCCCGCGCAACCAGCGAAACUACAGAGUGAAACCGCAUGUACUACUAGUAGUCUAAUCAGCGUGUCGGCUACGUCACUCAACACAGGCUGGUGUGUCACACAGCGCUAUUCAUAUAAAUAGCAGCGGCAAAGCAUGGGGCUCGGAAGAGGGACGCAAAAACUUCAUGGUGCUGUUUAGCAAUCAGGAAGUGGUAGGCUAGUCACCGAAAAUUCAUUCAUUUGUUAUUCACGGAUUAAAUAUUUGGGUCAGCUUCAAGCUGGCACUGUCGUGUAUUAAUCCCGUGGUGAUGUCCGGAGGAGGCCUUGCUACUAGCUUCUAUAGUUCGAGAACUGCACCAUCUGCUUUCAGUAGUCCAGGUGGACCUCAGAGUCCAGAAGAAGAUAAGAAGCUAAGAAGGCGAGAAAAGAACAGAGUAGCUGCACAACGAAGUCGUAAAAAACAGACACAGAAAGCAGAUAAACUGCAUGAGAUCAGCGUUACCCAACCACCGGGCCGCGGACCAGUACCGUUCCGUGGAGCACUUGGAACCAGGCCGUCGGGUAAGGAAUAUGAAAAUCUUGAACAGGAAAACUCUUCCCUAAAAAAAGAAAUCAGGAUAUUAACGGAUGAGGUCAAGCACUUGAGCGAUGUUCUGAAAGACCAUGAGCAGAUAUGUCCCCUGCUACACUGUCCUCUCAGCUGCUUAUCUGUCCCCCGGGCUGAUGUCAUCACCAGCUGCCCUCCACGAUGACCAGCGUCAAAUGUUAUUUUCUUUCUCUGUCACAUUUUUGAUAUAUAAUAUGAGAACAUUAUAACUGCUAUUUUGUGUGUUCAGAGAGAGAGAGAGAUGUUUCAAUGCAAUACCUCCUUUUUAUCAGGGAUUUGAUAUUCCUUUUUAAUGAAGAAUGUGCCAACCAAUCAACUACCUUUUAAUAAAGUGCCAAACAACCA